GGCAGCGCCAGCGACUGAGAGCCAGUCUAGAACGUAUCUUUGAAGUAGAACGCCGAGGGCAGAACAAUUGUGUUUUGGAUUUCUUGCCGUGCGGAUCGCAGCGCAACGUGUGUGUGUGUGUAACAGUGCUGCCAGUGUUGAUACAAAAAAACACUGAACGGAAAAGUUUAAAGAAAUAUGGAUAGCUCCGCUGGUUUGAACUUCAAGCGGCCACAGCCACAGUCACAGUCACAAGAAGGGAAUAACAACUCGUCAGGCGGCAGCCCCAAGAUGGGCAGUCGUCGGAUUUUCACGCCGCACUUCAAGCUGCAAGUGCUGGAGUCCUACCGGAACGACAACGACUGCAAGGGCAAUCAGCGGGCCACCGCCCGAAAGUACAACAUCCACCGUCGCCAGAUCCAGAAAUGGCUACAGUGCGAGCCAAAUCUAAGGUCCUCGGUGGCCAACAACCAAGCACAGCAGCAGCAACAUUCCGCCCAGCAGCAGCCACCUGCAGCUCCCCAGCGUCUGGCGGCAGCAACGGCAGCAGUGGCGGCAACACAGUCUCCAGUAUCACCCACGCCCGGACAGGUUGUAAAGUUCCACCACCAAUUGACCCAUCCCCUGGUUCACCACCACCAGUUGCACCAUCAUCACCAUCAUGCUGCAGCGGCGGCGGCAGCGGCAGCGGCGGCAGCUGCAGCAGCAGCCGCUCAUCACGCCCACCAUCUACUGGCAGCCCAUCAUCCCCUGGCGGCCUCCCACCCGCACCUGCACGUUCCGGUAGCAGUGCAUCCGCACUCGCACCUCCAACAGCAGCAGCAACACGAGCAGGAGCAACUGCAGCUAGAGCAUCUGCAGCAGGAGCAGCAGAAGCUGAACGGCAGCAGCAACGCCACAUCCAACGGAUCCCUUUCAGCGGUCAAAAUCGCCGCUGCUGUGGCAGCCGCCAUGGCCACUAGUAGCAGCUCCAGCAGCCACCAACCAACGACCAGCAGCAACUCGGUUACCACCAUUAAUGGGAGCGAAACCAGUGCCAACGCUUUGCCAUAUAGCAGCCAAAACGAAGUGCCAAUUCAAGUGCCAAUUUUAAGUACGUCCCCGGUGCUGCAUUAUUCAUACGAUGCGGCCUCUGUCGCUUCGAGCUACCCCCAACGCACGGAGAAUCGCCUGGAGGCGGUAGCCACCCCGGCGCCCAUGGAUCUAUCUCUGGGAAGCUCGGCACGUCGACAGAUGCAACAGCUGGAGCGGGACCAGGAUCCCACUGGAGUAGACUUAACCUUUAGGAAGCGUAAGGUCCACUCUCAACCCUUCCAGCCGGAUAAGAUCAGCAAGUUGGAGGCAAUCAAGGCCGAGCCCGAGACUGAGAGCGAGGAUGUAGAGGUGGACGUUGAUGUUGAGGCGGAAACCGAAACUGAGCCAGUGCCGGAGCAGGAGCACAAGCUGCCCUCAAAGCAGGUGAAGUUGUUCAAGCCAUACCUUCUGGACGAAAACGAGGCGGGGGAAAACGAGGACGACGCUGAUUUGAAGGCGGAGGAGGACAGGAAUGCCGACGAGGAUGCCGAUGCGGAUGACGAUGAAGUGGACUCAAAGGAGCACUCUGCCGAGGCCAAAAAACGCCGCCUAAAGAAAAACAAAGCCUCCAAGGUGGGCGAGCAGAGGGAACCCAUAAUUUGGAGCAACCAUCCCUAUCCUGGUGCCUGCAUCUCGCCAUUAACUGCCGCUUCUGCCUCUCCGAUCUUUCACUGCCCAACUUCCCUGGUUGUACAUGGAGGUGGUAUCUCCUCGGCGGCUUCUUCGCCAUUGUCCACGAUCUCCGCCGGAUCGGGCAGCAUCCCCUGCCCCCACCUUCAGAUGCAGACAUUUCCCGUGGUCGGGGGGAGUCCUCAGUUUCAGGAAAAGGCCUCCGCCACAACGCCCCUCAGACCCUUCUCGCCGCCAGGAUUUUGCUGCCCCAAGGGAUCCCCAGUGUCCGGAUACGAGAGCAGCUCCUCCACCUACAGCGACACCAGCAGCAACUGUGGCAGUGGCAACUACAGCCUUAAUCUCCAGCUGCGCGCCGCCAUCUACAACGACAACCUAAUGUACAUUCAGCACCAGCACCAGGCGCAGCAGCAACACCAGCAGGCGCAGCAGCAGCAGCAUCAACAGGCUCAUCUGCAGCGCUGGCUGGAUCAGGAUCAGGCAGUAGCAGCUUCCAGGACCCUGAGAACCUAAGCAGCCGGAAAAGCAACCACCGCUCUCGGAGAAAACUUUCUCACAGCAAAUAAAGUGGAAAACAACAAACACAAGUUAUGGCAGUCACUGGGCCUGGCCUUUUAGUUUUCUAAUACAUAUGCCUAUAUAUUUUUUUAAAUCAACUACCAACUAAUCCAUAGAUUUGUAAGCGAUUGAAACCCAUAUCUUCCACGCAUAUCAACAUACAGAAAACCUAAAAAAAACCCAAUUGUAUUUAGGUUAUUAUACUUAAGCAAGCACAUUUUUUUUGUUACCAACUAAGAACAAAUUAUGUUUAAGUUCCCUUUUUUUUCAACAUUUUUUUUUUUAAACCCAAAAAAAAUCUUAGUAUAAAUAAUUAGUGUACAGAGCGGAACAUAAUAACUUGUUUAAGAAAUUCAACGAUAAAUCGUGAGGCGAGAAAAAUGUGAAAACUGCAACUAAGAAACUGAGAAAAUUGUUAAUAGUAAAGCUUUAAAAAACACACACACCUUUACAUAUACACUUGUAGACUUUUUUUUGGAAAUUUAAAAUUGAAAAUUUUUGUGAUAUGAAAAAAAAAACAAAAUUUAAAAAAAAAUUGUUGAAAUUUUAUGCUUAAUAAUUGAAUAUAUAUAUUUACAAAGAAAGCGAGAGAGAGCAAGCAAUUAGAAUUAAAUUUACGCCAAGUUAAAUGUAAAAGUUUAUAUUAAUUAUAUACAAUAUACAUAUACAACAUAUUUAUAUACAAAGCAAAGAUCAUUUUUUUUUCAAAGGGAUAAUCAUAUGAAUGCCUCAGACUAGAAAGAAUAUACAAAUAUAUAUAUUUAUAUACAUCAGUAUUUUUAUAUAUAAUAUUUGGAAGUAAAAAAUUAAGAAUUUUGUCACUAUAAACAAGAAACAGAAAUCAACAAGCGAAUUGAUUAAAUUAACAACUGAAAACUAAAA